AUGUCCAGCCCUGAUGAAGCCUCCCAGCCUUCACCAAAUGAAUACGUUACUCAGGAGUCCAAACUCGAACUAAAACCAGCCGUUGUUGGCGAAGAAAUGGAGGAUUUAUUCGGUGAUGAGAGUGAGAAGAACUCGGACAGUGAAACCGAAGAAAAAGCAGCAGUAAGCGACCAAGAAGGUGUUGGAAACCAUGUUAACGACGAAGAUAACGAACAAGAGAUGUACAAUCGAAAAUUUUACGGCGGGGCGACUGGAGAUUCUGAUGAGGAAGGGUCCCAGCGGGAGUUCAGAGAAGCAGACGUGGACGUUGUAAAGCACAUUGUUCCGUACUCUACAGCCCCUACAGAGAAUGGGAAGGGUCUAUUUUAUGCCAAAAUCCCCGAAUUUCUAACCAUAGACCCUAUACCGUUCGACCCACCUGCUUUCCAGGAGAAAGUGGAACAUCGAGCGGCCCAAUUGGCAUCCCGCGAAGAUCAAACCGACGACAGACUUAUAGACGAAAACACAGUGCGUUGGCGGUACUCCCGGGAUAACAAUCAGCAUGUGUUCAAGGAGUCGAAUUCGCAAAUCGUACAAUGGUCGGACGGCUCGUACUCGCUGCGGUUGGGCGACGAAUACACCGAUGUACUAAUAAACGACACCAGCAACACAUACCUGGCUGUAUCGCACGAACAACAAGAACUAAUUCAAUGUGUGAAGGGCGGUGACAUUGCCAAGACCAUGAUUUUCAUUCCUACAUCGACGUCGUCAAAGACUCAUCAGCGUCUGACGAAGGCCGUGGCUCGCAAAGAAAAGCGUGAACACCAGGGCCCUAAUACAUAUAUUCUACGUGUGGACCCAGAACUGGAACAGAAGGAGUUGGAGAAGAAACAGGGUCAAAUCAUGCGCGAAAGAAGGAAACGACAACUACGUGAACAGCAAGAGCGCGAAGGAUUGGACUCGCCUGAACCCACAGGUAUGAUGGCCAAGACCUCGCGUUCGGUUUCCGCCAGACAAGACCGUAGUCAGUACGACGAAUACGAGGACGAUGGUUUCAUGGUGGACGACGACGACGACGAGGAGGAGGAUGAAAACCAAGACGACGAGGAAGAAGAAGAGGAGGAGGACGAAGAAGCACAAGAUGACAAUGAGAGCGACGAGGACGACCGCAAGGCUGAACGUCUAAGACAAUUGAAAAAGGCCGGAGCCGCACAAUACCGCAACGACAAUGACUACGAGCACAACGACGAAAGAGACACUGACGCCGACACUGCUGCGGUGAAGAGACGCAAGAUAGCCGUGCUGGACGAAGACGACGAGUGA